AUGAUGAAGACACCGCCCUGUCUUCGGAUCACGACGUCUCCGUCCGGAACGGCGGCCUCUGAUGGCCGCGUAGCUAGCCGCGGUCUCCAGUGCGACGCGAUCCCCAUCAAACUCGACGCAGAGGACAUGGCUAUAAGCGCAAUCACUGCUGCUCCGUUUGCGAGCAAGAUUGCCCAGAUAAGGGCCCCCAGCGUGAGGAAGCAGAAUGCCACCGUGAGAACAUUGACAGCGGGUGCGGCUUUUCUGGGCCCAGGUGACGCGGUAGACGACGACUUGGAAGGCGGUGCAUUCUUCGACGGAGUGCAAGAUGUCGGCGAAAUAGUUGAUUUCGUGGACUAA